GAUCCUGGAGACCCAAUGGUGGCCUGCCACGAAGGACGGCACCAUAUCCAGAUGCGGGCGAAGGGAGCUCAGUGUAGCGCCGUCGUCGACGUCUUCGCCGGGGCGAGUCUCGCUUCGAUUGCCUUUACGCUGUUGUGGAGAUUUAUCCUCCUAAGCUCACCACCACAAAGUCCCCGACUUGCAAUUGCUGUCAGAAAGUGGGCGAAAUCUCCACGUGAGGCCACCAUUGCCUCAUGUCGCAGCGUCGACACCCCACUUAGCUCAGUCCCAACCUUAGGUAGGGGUGGUUUUUUCCUUUGGUUCUGGCCCUGCUUCGUCAUGGCGUUGCUCCAGAGUUCUCCUGCGUUUUGCGUCUCCGGUGCUGUGGUUGCCUCCUCUGGCAAUACCCCCAGUGCCGGUGUCACCCCCGGGAAGUCCAGCGCGUGUGUUCCUGCGUUGGGUGUGAAGAGCCUUCGUGUCGGUGCAUUGCAGAUUGUGGGUCGUGUUCCUGGUGUGGUCAGUGUGGUAUCCGGUCGCUCCUCCAUCGCGGUUGCGGUCUCUAGCCAGAAGCGCGAUGGUGUUGAACAGGAGCUAGCCACCAUUGAUUUGGUAACGGAUUCCGGUGCCUCUCUCGAAACCUUGAGGGAAAAGCUUGCCGCGGGAGAAUGGGAGGCUGCUGACGCCGAGACUCGACGCCUGUUGUGCGUCUUGGCUGGGGAGGAGGCAGUGAAGAGGAAAUGGGUGUAUUUCUCCGAGGUGAAAUUUAUCUCUGCUUCUGACCUAACCAAGGUAGACAGCCUGUGGAGACAGUACAGUAACGGCAAAUUCGGUUACAGCGUUCAGAAGAAGAUUUGGAACAAUUCAGGGAAGUCUUGGAAUACUUUCUUCAGGAAGGUGGGGUGGACUAGGCCCUUGGAUGAUUAUCAGGACACAUACAAGAAGUUCCCUCUUGAGUUUAUGUGGGAUGUUGCCGACCCUACCCCUGAGGGUCACUUGCCUCUCACGAAUGCAUUGAGAGGAACACGGCUGCUAGAGGCUGUCCUACACCAUCCAGCCUUUGACAACGUCGACGAGCAGGCCAAGCUGCGGGCCAAGCCAGCAAGCCUUUUUGGAUAGCCACGGUAACUGGAAAGGCUGACUCUGGACACGGCAUUUAGAGCCGCUCAAAUCGACUGGAUAAGCAAUGGUGUCGACGCGACAGUCGGAGUAGAUGAUGAAGCUCAGCAUUUUGUUCAGGCGUCUGCUCAGCUCCAAUACUUUGCUCAACGCCCACUGUUGAUGAGCUCGCCGCACUUGUGCCUCGAUGUCAAGUGUGAUGAAUGAUCGAAAGCCGAUUUGAGAACGUCUUCGUUAAAAGGCCUAGGUUGUAUAUAGGUUGGUGGAGGUGCACUUCGUUGCAGUGAAGAGGGUAUGAGCUAGAAUUUUUUUGUCGAUGGCUGUGGUGAAUCUUUCUCACCAGUUUGCAACGACAACGAUAAUGAUAUUUCUGAAUUUGACACCUGGUCUGAAAUUUUCCAUCGUU